AUGAAUAGUGAUAAUCCCAAAAUAACAACAAACCAAUUCACUUACACAAUUUUAAAUAAACUUGGUGAAGGUUCUUUUGGAGUAGUAUUAAAAUGUGAAAAUGAAUAAACAAAUGAAAUUGUGGCAAUCAAACUAUAAAAAAGCAUAAAUAACAAUGAAUUAGAAAUGUUAAACAAAAUGCAAGGAAGAAACUUUAAAAAUUUAAUUAAAACUUACGAAUUAUACUAAAAAGAUGAUAUGUAUUAUAUAGUAAUGGAGUAUUGCAAAGAAUCUUUAUAUGAUAGAAUUUUAUCUUAAGGUAAAGUUAAACCAGAUGAUGUAAGGUUUAUAAUGAAAGCAAUAGGAAAUGGAAUAAAAGAAAUUCAUGAUUUAGGCUAUGCCCAUAGAGAUAUUAAGCCUGAAAAUAUAUUGAUAUUUUAGAAAGAAGAUGCUAAUAAUAUUUAAGAAAUAUAUAAAAUUUGUGAUUUUGGUACAAUCAAAAAUAUUGAUCUUCUUAAAACUUAAUACGUUGGUACUGCUUAUUAUCAAGCUCCAGAAUAAUUAAAUAAUUCAAAUCAAUACUCUUAAAAAGUUGAUAUAUGGGCUUUUGGAGCUGUGAUUUAUGAAUUAUUGACUUAAACUACAUUAUUUAAUGGUAUUUCUAUUUUUAAUUUAGGAUCUACUGAGGAUGAAGUCAAAUAAAAAAUUUUGAACAUAACUUAGUCAGAAAUUGACUAAACCAUUAAUAAUCAAGUAAAUUUAGAUAGAAAAUACAAAACUCUUCUCUUAAAUAUGCUUCAAAUAGAUCCAAAUAAACGACAUGAUAUUAACAAAUUUGUUGAAGAUAUGAAAGGAUAAUCCCAAAAUGUCACCAGAAAUCAAAUUUAAAGAAUUACUCAACCUAAUCAAAAUUAAGUAAAUAAUUUUAUAUCUGAUCUUCCAAUCCCUAAAGACUACUAAAAAUAAAAAAAUCCAUAAAGGUCCACCUGCAUUUCUAAUUUACCUAAUCCAGCAUCACUUCAAAAAAAAAAAUGA